AUGGCAAAAUUAAUGCAGGAUAACAAGGCAAUUCGUAUGCUUCAAGCAGCAGAAGAUGGCGGCUAUGGUGUUGUAGGGGUAGUUUCUUACAAUCUCGAAACCAUAACCGCCAUCGUCCGCGCCGCAGAAAACAAACGAUCCCCCGCGCAAAUCCUCCUCUUCCCCUGGUCCCUCCACUACUCACCCCUUCUCAUCCACCUCGCAGCCGCCGCCUGUCGUACCGCCACUGUUCCCAUAGUCCUACACAUGGACCAUGCACAAUCCGAGGCAGAGAUUCUCCAAGCUGCUGAUAUGGGACUCUUCGAUAGUAUCAUGGUAGAUAUGUCGCAUUACGAGAAAGAGGAAAAUCUAGCCAAGACGAAGAAGUUGACGCGCAUUUUGAGGGAGAAGGGUAUAGCGGUUGAGGCGGAAUGUGGAAGGAUUAAUGGGGGUGAGGAUGGAGUGAAGGAUACGGGGGAUUUGGAGGGGUUGCUCACGACUCCUGAAGAGGCGUUGGGGUUUGUGGAGACGGGGGUGGACUUUUUGGCGCCGGCUUUUGGGAAUGUGCAUGGGAAUUAUGGGGGGGUGGAGAAUAUCAAGUUGGAUUUUGAUAGACUGGAAAGCAUAAGAAAAGCCACAAAUGGUCGGGUACGAUUAGUUCUUCACGGCACCAAUACAUUCCCGGACGAAACAAUGAAAGGCUGUAUAGAAGGAGGAAUGACACGAUGUAAUCUGAAUGAUUUGGUUUUGAAUAUGUAUAACAAAUAUGUUGCGGAAAAUACGGGGAAAGUCCCUCUAACGGAACUUAUGGAGAAGGGAACAAGUUUGAUUCAGGAAUUGAUUGAACAUCAAAUGGAUAUUAUGGGGUCGACUGGGAAAGCAUAA